AUGGCUGACUGUCAGUAUGAUGGUCAGCAUCUUGCAUCAGCUGGGAACAGAACCCUCUGAGACAUUGGAUCAGCUGAGAUGUCUCAGCAGAAGAGGAACAAGAAGAAGAACGGCAUACCUGAUCGGUGGCUGGACUACUGUCCUGUAGGACAAAGGAUACCAGGAACUAGAUUCAUUGCCUUCAAGGUGCCUUUAAAAUCAUCCCUGAACAGUCAGGUUCCCGAGUGUCAGUCCUUUGGUCUGUGGGACCUGCUGGACUCGGUGGAACACCAAAACCAGGAGCUAGGUCUGAUCAUCGAUCUCACCUUCACGACGAGAUACUACACAGUAAAAGAUGUCCCACAGUCCUGCUCCUAUAUCAAGAUCUUCAUUGAGGGUCGCCGAGUUCCCUCUGAUGAAGCCAUCCUCAGCUUUAAGCAGGCGGUGAGGCAGUUCUUGAAGGAGAACCAGAGCAACAAAAGGUUAAUCGGGGUCCACUGCACUCAUGGCCUGAACCGCACUGGGUACCUGAUCUGCAGAUACCUGAUCGAUGUGGAUGGGAUGGAUCCUGCAGCAGCUUUGCAGCUCUUCAAUACCAGCAGAGGUCAUUGCAUCGAGAGGAAGAACUACCUCCAUGACCUUCAGAAUGUUGCCAAGAGAAGCAACAAAGGCAUCGACAAUCCAGACAAAAGUCCAAUCAUGGGGCUUGCUGUGGAGAAAAGACAACCAGCAGCCAUAAAGCAGGAGGAGAAGGGAGAGGCCACCACCAAAGCACAGGAUGUCCAAGCUUCUGGUGACGACUCAGCAGAGAAUCAGCACCCCAAUGAGAAACAACCGGCCACUAAACAAACCAAACGUCGAGUUCGACAUCGCCCAAAAAAGGGCGACAAGAAGUCUUCUGAUAGAUCUGCUCAGGGUGGCCUCCCCACCACCGGAACAGAGUAGAAAAAUGAGCGCGCAGUUUAUAAAUCUGAGUUCUGGUUAAUUCAACUACGAGGGAAACAAAGAGAAAAUGUUGCUUAUUUUACUGUUUCUGUGCUAUCCUUGGUUUCCUGCACCAGAAACAUAAAAGUGAAAGAAAUCUUUACCAAAUAUUUAACGGCUAAGGAUCCAAUUGCCUGAAGUUACGCCUUGAUGCUGACCGUCUAGAUCGGAUUAAUGUUGGCUGAUGAUUUCUUUUACUCCCAGCAUGGACGCUGACCACCACGACUACACUUACUGCACACGAGUCAUUUACAGAAGGCUGAGGCUUCAUGGGACAGGGAAAUAUUUAUUACAGCAUUUUCAACGGUCGCUGCUGUGAUUGUCUGAAUUCAUUAUUCAAACUCAUUGUACGAAGAACCAUUUUCUGUUUAAACAGUAAAAUAUUUUAACAGUUAAA